CGAUGGGAAAGGGCUGUCACUAGAGACCGGGGCUGCCUCCAAACCUCCAGUCAAGUUUAAAUCACAUAGAGCUCCACCGACUCUCAGUUUGCAUCCUCCUCUCCUCUCCCUUGCUCACUCGCUCUGAGCUCCCUCUGUCUCUCUCCUCCUCUCUGCAUCUGCUGGUUGCUUCCCGUCAACCUUGUGAGGUGGCUCUUUUGAGGUGUCGUCUUCUGAACUUCUUUUGAACUUCAUUCAAAAAAAUAAAACACUUUUUUUUUUUAAUUCAUUGUGAGAGACACUGAGGCCCAGCUGUCACCAUGGAGGCCAUCAAGAAGAAGAUGCAGAUGCUGAAGUUGGACAAGGAGAACGCCAUCGACAGAGCAGAGCAGGCUGAGUCUGACCAGAAAGCAGCUGAGGAUAAAUGCAAGCAGCUGGAGGAUGAGCUGCUCGCUCUGCAGAAGAAACUUAAAGGAACAGAGGAUGAGCUUGACAAGUACUCGGAGGCCCUGAAGGAUGCUCAGGAGAAACUGGAACUGUCGGAAAAGAAGGCCACAGAUGCGGAGGGCGAAGUGGCAUCUCUGAACCGCAGGAUCCAGCUGGUGGAGGAGGAGCUGGACCGCGCUCAGGAGAGACUGGCCGUGGCCCUUCAGAAACUGGAGGAGGCUGAGAAGGCCGCAGAUGAGAGUGAAAGAGGCAUGAAGGUGAUUGAGAACAGAGCCAUGAAAGACGAGGAGAAGAUGGAGAUCCAGGAGAUGCAACUCAAAGAAGCCAAACACAUCGCUGAGGAGGCGGACCGCAAAUACGAGGAGGUUGCUCGUAAGCUGGUAAUCCUUGAGGGUGAGCUGGAGAGAGCAGAAGAGAGGGCAGAGAUUGCAGAGCUUAAGUGUGGUGACCUGGAGGAAGAGCUGAAGAAUGUCACCAAUAACCUCAAGUCGCUAGAGGCUCAGUCUGACAAGUACUCUGAGAAAGAGGACAAAUACGAGGAGGAAAUUAAAGUCCUGAACGACAGACUCAAGGAGGCGGAAACCCGUGCAGAAUUUGCAGAAAGGACAGUGGCUAAGUUGGAAAAGACCAUAGAUGACUUAGAAGACGAACUGUACACUCAGAAGCUGAAAUACAAGGCUAUCAGCGAGGAGCUGGAUCACGCCCUCAAUGAUAUGAACACCUUGUAAAUCUUGCAUUUAGCUAAUGAUGUUUUCACUUUUUCUCUGUCUUGUCUGAUUGGAAGCACUUUGUCUCUUCUUUUCUCGCUUUGCUUUAAAGCUCAAUAAAAAAUAUUCUUCUCUUUUA